GUCUGGAUCCAUAGUUUUGCCGAUGUCGGACCAAGAAGUCAAUGUUUUGCGGGAUGAACCUUGUUUAACGAUAAACUAGGCGGAACACAUCUCAGUGUGCGGAAGAACGAGGUAAGGCAACGUUACUUACAGUGAAACACUACAGACAACAGUGAAGAUUGAAGUGAAGAAGGAAGACGAUGAGCACGAUUAUCUGCUGGAAAGUGGAUCAGAACACCUGCCAGUAACACAACAGAAGAUCCAUGGACAGAAUGAUGAACUCAACCUGCAACUUGAAGGAAGGCUUCACCACUGCACAAUCUGCAGGAAGAGCUUCACGGCCCUGAAAGAACUCAAGAAACACCAGCAAACACACACAGUCAGUGUAAAUGAACAGCAGAACACUGACAACAAAAAGACUCAUUCCUGUGGACUCUGUGGGAGAACAUUUAGAACUUCUGCGCAUCUGAAACGCCACAUUCCAACACACACUGGAGAGAGACUGUAUGAAUGUGCCCAGUGUGGAAAAGCAUUUAGAGGCUCCACACAACUUAGGCACCACAUGUUUACACACACUGGCGAAAAGCCUCAUAAAUGUGCCCGGUGUGGAAAAGGCUUCACACAAAUUUCAAAUCUUAAGCAGCAUAUGCUAACACACACUGGAACGAAGCCCCAUAAAUGUGUCCAGUGUGGAAAGACAUACGUGGGGGCCACAAGCCUUGCACGCCACAUUCUUACACACACUGGAGAGAAGGCUCACAUUUGUGCCCAGUGUGGAAAAGCUUUUUUACAAAUAGCUGGUCUUAAACGCCAUAUGCUAACUCACACUGGAGAGAAGCCUCAUAAAUGCGGCCACUGUGAAAUAACUUGUACAACACCCUCAGAACUUAAAUACCAUGUGCGCACACAUACUGGAGAAAAGCCUCAUAUAUGUGUCCAGUGUGGUAGAGCCUUCUCACGAAAUUCAAAUCUUAAAACCCACAUGCUUAUACACACUGAAGAGAAGCCUCAUAAAUGUGACUAUUGUGAACAAGCUUUUAGAACAUGUUAUGCUCUUGGAAGCCACAUGCUAAUUCACCUAGGAGAGAAGCCACAUAAAUGUAGCCAUUGUGAAAAAACGUUUGCAACAGCCUCAGAACUUAAAAACCACAUGUGCACACAUACUGGAGAGAAGCCUCAUAAAUGUGACUAUUGUGAAAAAGCUUUUAGAAGAUGUCAUGCUCUUAAAAGCCAUCAGCUAGUACACACUGGAGAGAGACCUCAUAAAUGUGACUAUUGUGAAAAAGCUUUUAGAACAUGUCAUGCUCUUAAAAGCCAUCAGCUAGUACACACUGGAGAGAGACCUCAUAAAUGUGACUUUUGUGAAAAAGCUUUUAGAAGAUGUCAUGCUCUUAAAAGCCAUCAGCUAGUACACACUGGAGAGAGACCUCAUAAAUGUGACUUUUGUGAAAAAGCUUUUAGAAGAUGUCAUGCUCUUAAAAGCCAUCAGCUAGUACACACUGGAGAGAGACCUCAUAAAUGUGACUUUUGUGAAAAAGCUUUUGGAACAUCCUCUUCUCUUAAACAGCACUUGCUCGCACAUACUGGAGAGAAGCCUUACACAUGUGCCCAGUGUGGAAAAGGUUUUACACUGAAGUCAAAUCUUAAAAAACACAUGCUAACACACACAAGAAAGCAGAAAUGGCAAUUCGUUCUCGUUCUGGAUACUCUGGUAAAAGGAUAAUUGUGCGUUCCAUUUGCACAUGGUGACAGCUUGUGACAACUCGUAACUUGUGAAAUGAAGUCGUCAGAUCUCGCUGUAAACUGGGGGUUAUUUGAUUGCUGCGAGAUAUGCUUUUUGUCAGACGAUUUUAGUGGGGGUUGUUCUGUUUCGACUAACCUCGCUGUAAGAAUAGGUAUCAUCAUCAGCUUUAUCACCAGACUCUUCCCUCCCUCUCCACUUCCCUCUCUUUACCUUAUCUACCUCCUCUCCACUGCUCCUCCUUCAGUACUUAAUAUGUAGUCCUAUCCUAUCUAGUAUUGUAUUGAUGGAUGCAGUGGUAACUAGCUAUCGUCUCCUCUGCGCUGUACAUUAUUAUAAUGCUGUAGCCGCAGCUCUGAAGUUCAAAUGUUAAAAUGCUGAAAAAGAGCUGAAAUGUCAUUGUAUUGCUGUAGUUGUAGCUCUGUAGGUUAAAUGUUUGUUUUUGUAAAUGUCUGCCAAAUGAACAUUAAAGAUAUAAAACUCAACAAAUGAAAAGAAAGAACCGAAAGACGUGUUUCAACCUUGUAACGAGGAAAACCAAUCAAGCUGUUUUGAGAUUCACUGUUUUGACAAAAUUAUUAUUAGAAACAUUAGCCUAACUAAAAUAAGACUUUGAUUGUAUUAACCCUUAAAGUGCCCAUAUUUUGACUAUUUUUGAGUUCCAGAAAACAUGUUUCUGAAGUUGUUUGGUGGAAAUAGCGUGUAGGAAACGAUUGUUACCUACCUCUAUUACUCUGUUUCAGCCCCUUCCAGAGUGUGCUGUUUUCUGCUGCUCAUCAGCCCCUUCCAGAGUGUGCUGUUUUCUGCUGCUCAUUACAUCUUUGCCCACUCCCCACUUACAUGGCGGCAGUAGUUCAACCAUACAUGUUCGAACCAGAAUCUGAUCCUGAAGGAGGGGAGUCUCCUGCACUACCCGAGACUCAGAGAAUUCAGCAAGACGCUUCUGAAUGGUGCACAUGUGGAAAUUGUGCAACAAUGCCAUCAGAGCCUGAGAACUUAUGCUGCCAGGAGGUACCACAGUCGUUACAGGUAUUAAGCCUACAGAAGUUUUGUGAGCUGGUGCUGGGGCUUCCUUGGUAGAAAGAUACGGGUAGUGAUCCC